AGUUUCAUUGAAUAUCUCGGAAUCCCGUUGAUGGCAAACUAGAGCAUUAUUGAAACUAGACCCAUGGAGCUCAUCUGAAGAAUAAUUGAUCCCUAAUAAACCCAAACUCUAAGACGGAAAGAUGUUCAAAAUGAAGAAAAUUGAGAAAGAAAAUGAAGGAGGCGGAGGAGAGAGAAAGUCCGAAAACCAUCAGAGCUGGAUCCCGAAGUUGAUUAAAAAGAGAGAGUGCACCACCUUUUUGAAGGACGCAUCCAGUAAUGGGGCUUUGUGCCAGUGUGGUGGAGCACGGGAACUCCAUGCAUCCAUAACGGUAGAUGAUCAUGUUGUCAGCCAAUGGGACAGUGCACAGCACACCUCUGAAAACCCCACUGAUGCCUUUGGACAGCUGGAGUUUGCUGGAGCUGGACGCAGAAACAGUCCUUUCCUGCGUCUGGCACAUGACACACCACCUGACAAUGUGUACUCGCUGAUGACGUCACAAUGGGGUUUGCCGGUACCCAAUCUGGUGGUGUCAGUUGUGGGGGGAGAGGGGAAGGAGCAGGUGAAGACCUGGGUGCGAGAAGUGAUCAGACAGGGUCUUGUCCGGGCCGCACAGAGCACAGGGGCUUGGAUCAUGACGUCAGGUCUGAGGGAGGGUGUUGGCCGCUGUGUAGGUGAGGCAGUAAGGGAUCAUUGUGCAACAGCUUCAUCUCUUUCCCAGGCCAAAGUUAUUGCUGUUGGUGUUGCGCCCUGGGGCUUGAUUUACCAACGUCAUCAACUCAUAAACGAACAGGGUAGGUUCCCGGCACGGUACUAUGUGCACAACUUGCCACAUGAAUCCAGCUGCCUGGACAACAACCACCAGGCCUUCCUCCUCGUGGAUGAUGGGAGUGUAGGCCACAGAGGGAGUGAGACACUGUUCAGAGCCAACCUGGAGGACUUCAUCUCCCAUCAGCGCACUGGCAUCUGGGGAAGUGGCAGCAUUGAGAUUCCUGUUUUGUGUGUGCUGAUCGCAGGAAAUGCUUCAAUGCUAGAGAGAGUGGAUUUAUCUCUGAAAAACACCACUCCAUGGUUGGUGCUGGCAGGGUCGGGUUCAGCAGCAGACCUGAUAGCAGGAAUACUGAGGGACCUCAGCACACCUCUGAGUCCGCCCGUGAGUCCCACUUUGCCAUCCGCUGACGAGGAAAGCCGGAAAAGCGCCAGUGUUGAGCUCAAGGACCGAGUGAGAGAGAGAAUCAAGAAACAUUUCCCUUCUGAGACAGAUCUGGAGAAGCUUGUGGAUCAGGUACUCAGUAUCUAUCAUAACAGAGAUCUGAUCACCGUGUUCCAUGGAGACAAGGAAGGGCCUGAUGACUUUGACACAAUCAUCCUUAAAGCUCUUGUAAGAGCUGCUAAACGGGAUUCUAAUGAUGCCAGCGAGUACACUGAAGAGCUAAAGCUGGCAGUGGCCUGGAACAGGGUGGAUAUCGCCAAGAGCGAACUCUUCAAUGGCGAAAUCCAAUGGAGGUAUGAAGACCUGGAGGAAUCAAUGACUGAUGCGCUGGUGAAUGACAAACCCCAUUUUGUGCGUCUGUUCGUGGAAACCGGCUUGAACAUUCUGGACUAUCUAACACACCAUCGUUUAGAGGGCCUUUACAGCUCACUGUCGCACUGUGAUCUGGUCUCCUCAUUCCUCCAGAGAAGGCUGCAGGAGCGAGUGGGCUCAGCAGCCUCUCAGACCCGAUUAUCUGUCCUACCUGAUGAGAAUUCCUCUUUCAAGAGCCACGCAACAACCCUCCCCACACCAUCUGCUGUUCGAGACCUCACCCUAUAUGAGGUUUCACGGGUGUUAUCGGAAAUCAUGGAAGAUGUCUGUCAGCCAUUUUACUAUGGCCCUCUUGGUCUACAUCAGGGAAUCUCCUCAAGGAAAGCAAUGAAGCAUGUGAAUGAGUUGCUGCUAACUGAGAGUGUGUACCGGCGGGAGCGCUGUAGGUCUCCCUGGAUAGCUCUGUUUAUUUGGGCCGUACUACAGAAUCGCAGAGAAAUGUCCAUAUACUUCUGGGAAAUGGCGGGGGAGUCGGUGCUAAGUGCUCUUGCCGGGUGUAAGAUAUUAAGAGAGCUCUCUAAGUUGGAGACAGACACUGAGACCAAGCUCUCCAUGAAGGAACUAGCUCAGACCUUUGAGAAUCUGGCACAUGAUGUGUUCAGUGAGUGUUACCAGAGCAAUGAGAGCCGCUCUUUCAAGCUUCUCAUCAGACAGUCACCUGUAUGGGGUGGCGUCACCUGUCUGCAGAUGGCCACAGCGGCUGAAGCCCGCCUCUUCUUCAGCCAUGACGGAGUUCAGACUUUGUUGUCAGAGAUUUGGUGGGGGGACAUGGACAGCAAUACAGAGGUGUGGAAACUGAUCCUCUCAUUUUUUCUGCCUCCCUUCAUCUACACCAAACUCAUCAGUUUCAAGGAGCUGGAGAUGGAUGAAAUGCCAGAUGACUUUAAUCAGGGUAAAGAACUCGACAGUGCCGAUGGAGCCGAGUUAUUAUUGGCUGACACCUCAAACACGGAUGAAGAUGUGGAGGAAUGUAAUGCUUUAAAGGAAAACCCAAAAGCAUCAAAGGCUGUCCCUCGGAAACGACCUUUUAUAUUCCAUCGAUGGCGGCAGUUCUGGUUUGCACCGGUCACUUCGUUUCUAGGCAAUGUGCUGAUGUACUUCCUCUUCCUCUUCCUGUUUGCUUAUGUCCUAUUGGUUGACUUCAAGCCUCCGCCUCCCCACGGACCCGCCCCUUUGGAGCUUGUGUUGUAUUUCUGGGUUUUUACUCUGGUCUGUGAGGAAAUUCGACAGACUUUUUUUGUAGGAUCUACCACUGUAUUUCAAAGGAUGAAGUUGUACAUCCAAGACAUCUGGAACAAGUGUGACAUCACGGCCCUCGCGCUCUUCAUUCUCGGGCUUCUCUGCAGGAUGUUUCCGUGGACAUAUAAUUUUGGUCGUUCUGUCCUGUGUGUCGACUAUAUGGUCUUCACCCUCAGACUCAUUCAUAUAUUUGCAGUUCACAAACAACUUGGUCCCAAAAUCAUAAUAGUUGGCAAAAUGGUGAAAGAUGUGUUUUUCUUCCUGUUCUUUCUGGGGGUGUGGCUAAUGGCAUAUGGAGUAGCCAAUCAGGCACUGCUGUACUCCUACGACACUCGUCCUGAUUGGAUAAUUCGGCGAGUGUUUUACAGGCCAUAUAUGCACAUAUAUGGGCAGAUACCACUGGAUGAAAUUGAUGCUGACAAGCGACAUGAGAAACAGUGUACAGACAACGUCACUCUCAUCCAUGACGGGGCGGAGCCCUGCCCACAGUCUGAUGCUAAUUGGCUGGUCCUUAUUCUGCUGUCAGUCUACUUGUUGGUCACCAAUAUUCUAUUGGUGAACUUGCUCAUUGCAAUGUUCAGUUACACAUUCAAUAAAGUCCAGGAGCACAGCGAUGUGCACUGGAAGUUCCAGCGCUACAACCUGAUUGUGGAGUACCACUCGCGCCCCUGCCUCUCCCCGCCCUUCAUCAUCAUCUCCCACCUGCAUAUCUUCGUCAAAAGGGUCAUCCAGAGACUGCCUUCCAUUAAGAGCCAACACUUUAUGCUGGUACUGAAAACCAAAGAGGCAAGUUUGCUAAACACAUGGGAGUCGACGCUGAAGGAGAACCUGCUUUCCACGCAAGGCAAGAAACAAAGAGAGAGCGACACGGAGCGGCUCAAACGCACCUCCACAAAGGUGGACAGCGUCCUGAAGCAGAUGGUGGAGAUUCGUGAUCACGAUCGCAGGUUGAGAAAGCUGGAGUCGGAGGUGGAGUACUGCUCUACUGCUCUCUCCUGGAUAGUGGAGGCGCUGCAUCAGAGUGAUCUUGUAAAGCAGACUCGUCCACCUCCUCUUCCUUUCAAAGGUAUUGCUUCUAAACGUCCCACUUUUUCCAGAUAAAUUAUGCUGAUAAUGCAGAUGCAUUUUAUGUUCUUGGUUAUGUGUGAGUUUUUUUUAGUAUGAUGUGUCAUUUCAGCAUCUUGACAUGUUUAAUGUGUUGGUUGUAUCAGUUUUUUUUAACAUUGCAUCAAAAGGAUGAGUAUGUUUAUUAUUCAGAAAACAACACUAUUUAGCGUUAUCAUUAAGAUGUAUGAAAUAAAUUUUCUGGGUGGAAGUAAUGUACAAAAUACAUUUUGUGGCAG